AUGGUUGUCGGAAAAAUAGCAAUCGCAAUCGCUGCCAUUGUGUUUGCGACACUGGCCGCUGCAACUACUGUUGUAUUGAGUCUUAUAUCAAUUUAUAUUCCUAAUCAAAGUAGUCCAGCGUCAGAUUACCAAAAAUGCCUCACAGUAGCAUCGAAUUUUGCCACCACGGUCACUGGGCCAGUCGCAAACAUCACAGCGACAACUGGUGUCAGUGUGUCAUGUCCUCAGGUGUCCACGUACUCAUGUCCAGGCUCGUUAGUCAAUGGAGUAUGCACUUGGCAACGCAAACUAGCUAUCACUUGCAUUGAUGGCUCAACAGUUCGUAUUCGCAUACAAUCCAAUGGUCUUCCAUCACGAUGUAUGAAUGUGCCGCUGACAGCACAAGUCAAAGAACACGAUAUUGAUUUCGAAGUGAAUUUCAAUCCCAAAGUGAGUGUCAAUUCACCAACACAAUCAGCAACAACUGCAACUCAGCUCAAUAGUAUCUCCUGCAAUGUAUCAAGUCAAAAUACAGCACCAACAUCCUCCAAUAUGGUUGCAUAUUCUCUACAACCAUAUCUAUCAACGAUGGCAGGUCUCAGCAUCGAUAAUGUUGUCAUCUUAAAUGUAAACAGCGCUGACAACGUCGAUCCAUUUUAUCCACCGGCUGGUUAUGAACAAGAAGGUAUCGAUGAAUGUUUGUCGCAUCCUCAAGCCAGUGGUGUCUAUCACUAUCAUGUUGGUAGCCAUUGUGUUCUGUCGCCACCAUCCGGUAAUCUAACAUCGUGUGGUAAUACAAAUAAUUGUCUUGCCGAUGUUAUUUCAUAUAUGAUUGCACGUUGGCCAUCAUCUGCCAAGAAAUUAACUGUAAUUGGCAUCGCCAAUGAUGGUCAUGUUAUCUAUGGGCCAUAUUUGAACAAUGGUCAACUAGUUACCAGCGGUACUGAUAUUUGUAACGGCAUGUUCUAUGACAGCAAUGGAAACUACGCAUAUUUUGCAACAACAAAGUUUCCUUAUAUUAUGAGUUGCUUUGGACCUGGAAACUACCCAUCAUUUGGUCCUAAUUGCACUAGCAAUGGUGUAUCAUCUUAUACGAUGUCGCAUUAUGCUUCAUUGAGAUAUACUGGAUAA